UGAUCAGCUGUGUCCAAUCACAGCUGAUCACAUAGGAGAGCCGGUAAUCAGCUUUUCGUGGAGGGGACAUGUACACUGAUGAUCAGUGUGCCCUGAUGAUCAGUGUGCCCUGAUGAUCAGUGUAGCCCCAGCAGCGCCACCUGUCAGUGUCCAUCAGUGCCUUGUGUCAGUGCUCAUCAGUGCCUCGUGCCAGUGCCCAUCAGUGCCACAUCAAUGCCACAUAUCAGUGCCUACCAGUGCACAUCAAUGCCACAUAUCAGUGCCCAUCUGAGCUGCCUUUCAGUGACACACAUCAGUGCCAGUCAGUGCCACCUAUCAAUGCCAAUCAAUG